CUCACACACACCAACAGUGUCUCCAUUUUGUUUGGAGAGAGUGUGUGAAUGAAUGCAUUGUCUGUAUGUCUGUAUUGCGAGACUGAUUGCCAGCAUAAGUGCCACCAAUGCUAUGACAGCACUGUUUGGUGCACUCAAUGGUCACUUCAUCGGCGACUAAUCAAUUGUCCGGACAAACGAAAUUCACCGAUCGCCACAACCAUUGUCUUAAACCGUGUGACAGUUUGUACGAAGAGGUCUUCCGCUGAUUUGAGCCCCAAAUGGAUGACAAUAACGACAAUAUAGUUGCCGUUCAUAUGAUUGAGUCUUCGGACGGAACUUAUGUGACAACACAAGUGCUGCCCGAAGACGCCUUCGAGAACAACGACAACGAGAUUAUCACCGCUGAUGAUGACGGCCAUCACGUGAACGACGAGACGGCAGACAAUGAAGAGCUGAUGGACGAGGAGGAGGAACAGGAAUACGACGAACAGGACGUCAAGAACGAGAUGUCCGGCGAAGAGGUUGAGGGCAACGAUCAGGAGAUGGUCGGCAACGAAGAGGCCGACGAUAUUAUCAUCGCUGAGGCCGUUGUAGUCACGCAAUACAGCUGUAAGUUCUGUAACCGACGGUUCGAUACCAUCGACAAAGUGAAGAACCACUACCUCUUGAGACACAAUAAGGAUCAGUCGAUUGUGAAGCGAUUCUCGGGCGCCGGACAGCGCUCUACAGCUGACGAUAACAACGCCGAAGAGCAGAACAACGCCACCGAAGACUCGCCACAAAACACUGCCAUUAAGAAGAAGAUGAGACCCAAUCAUAGCACGAGUAAAGCCAAAGCGAAUCAAUACAAUCUGAGAGUUGUGUCGAAUGUGGCCGCAGAUGAAGCCCUCCUUAAGAAGAAAAGGGGUCGGAAGCCCACGGGAGUGACCCGGAAGUACCCGUGCGAUUGGCCUGGGUGCAAUUAUGUGGCACGACAUUCGGUGCACCUCAAAGACCAUAAGCGCACCCAUACCGGAGAAAAGCCCUAUAGAUGCAAUUGGCCCGACUGUGGUCUUAGCUUUAUUCAGGGAUCAGCUCUUAAGACACAUAUGCGAACUCAUACGGGGGAGAAGCCGUACCCGUGCGAGUGGCCCGGCUGUACACUGUUCUUCAGUCAGAAAAACAACGUUAAGGUUCAUAUGCGUACCCAUACGGGUGAGAAGCCAUACGUUUGCGAUUGGCCCGGAUGUGAGUGGAGAUUCGCUGUGAAGGGUAAUCUCGACGACCAUAAGAGAGUACACGCCGGCGAGAAGUUCUUUGUCUGCGACUGGCCCGGCUGUACCCGUUCUUACACACAAAACUCGCAUCUCAGAAAACAUCAAUUGAUUCACAUGGAAGAGAAGCCGUUUGCCUGUGACUGGCCCGGCUGUCACUAUAGGUCUGUCCGCGCGUGUGAUGUCACUAAUCAUAAGAUCACUCACACCGGAGAAAAGAGGUUUGUCUGCGAAUAUCCCAAUUGUGGUAAAGGUUUCGCCAGAAGUCAUCACUUGAAGAGACACCAAACGACUACUCAUUCCGUUGUUGUGGAGGAGGGAGAGGAGGCCGAAGUGGAGUGAAUGCUGAACUCAUGUCCCAUUAAAUUGUCUAAUGAUUGUACUGUAC